GGCGAAUUCUCUGUUGCUUGCUUGCUUGCAACGAGCUCUGUCAUGUUGAUAUGAGCCCCUCUCUCUCUGGUUUCCAUUCCUCUUCUGUUUCUCUUCUGUGUGUCUUUUCUCUAGAGGAGCAUGGCGACUGGUUUUCCUGGCCGUGAACUUGGAUUUGGCCUGCAUGGGCCGCUGCCGGAGGCCGGGAGCGGCCGCCUGCUAAAGCGGCCGAUCUCGGAGAUGGAGAGGCUGCUGCUGCAGCAGCAGCAGCAGUUGCAGCAUGCGCUGUUCCUUCGGUCGGUGAAGCAGAGGAAGCUUCUCGGUUCCUCGGUUUCUUCGCAUCUCUCCGCGCCUGCGCCUCAAGAUCACAUUUUGGGAUCGUUGGCGUCUUUGGCUUCGUCGAAUUUGAUGGAUUCCGGGUUCCUUGGCCGACCGGAGAUGUCGUCGAUGGAGACGAGGCCCUCCGCCGCGCUCCGUGACGGGCUUCAGGAACUCGAGCGGCGGCUUUUGUUGGACGACGACGAGGAGGAGGAAUCGGUCAGCGCUUCCGCGUCCGCCGUUACAACAGAGGAGUGGAGCGAGGCGAUGCGGCAGAUCGUCGCUGCGCCGGUGUGUCUGCCGGCUGUGCAAGGGCCUAACCAUCUCUCGCCGUCGCCUACCGACUCAUCCUCCUCCACUGUGUCGUCCUCCGCCUCGAGCUCGCCUCCCUCGUCCUUUGCUGCUCCUGCAGGAGCUGCCUUGCGGCAGAUGCUUCUCGAUACCGCAGCCGCUAUUGCCGAUGGGAAACUCGAGACGGCCACCGGGAACCUUUCCGUCCUGAAGCGCGCUGCGAAUUACAGAGGCGACGCGGAGCAAAGGCUUACGGCCGUGAUGGUCACCGUGCUCUUCGCCCGGUUGAAUCCGGCGCCGCCGGCGGGGUCUUCUCCCCCACUCGCUGAAAUCAGUGGAGCAGAACACUUCGCAGCCUCGCAGAUGCUCUACGAGGCCUCUCCUUGCUUCAAGCUCGGUCUCACGGCCGCCAAUUUGGCGAUCUUGGAGGCCACCAAGGACCGCCCCAAAAUUCACAUCCUCGAUUUCGAGAUCGGUCACGGCGGCCAGUACGUCGCCCUUCUCCACGCCCUCGCCGAUCGCCACCGCCUCCGGCCCGCUGUGCGUACCCCUGCACUCCGGAUCACCGCCGUCGCCGACCCCACCUCUCCAAUCACCAACAACGAGACUGGCGGAACCAUUAGGGCCGUCGGUGACCGCAUCGAGAAGCUCGCCCAGCGCCACUGCCUCCACGUCCGCUUCGACGUCGUCCACCUCCGCGCGGCCGAGCUGGACGCCGCUUCGCUGGGCUGCGAACCCGACGAAACCCUAGCCGUCAAUCUGGCCUUCGCCCUCGCGCGAGUCCCUGACGAGAGCGUCUCCCCCGCCAACCCUCGCGAUGAGCUUCUCCGCCGCGUCCGCGCCCUCCGCCCGCGCGUGGUCACGCUGGUUGAGCAGGAGAUCAACACCAACACUGCCGCCUUCGCCGGCCGCUUCGCCGCCGCAUGCGCCCACUACGGCGCCUUCCUGGAGUCGCUGGCCGCCACCGCCAGCCUCGACAGCGGCGACCGGGCGCGCGUCGAGGCCGGCCUCGUGCGGCGCGCGGUGAACGCCGUGGCGAGGGAGGGCGGCGACCGGUUGGAGCGGUGCGAGGUGUUCGGCAAGUGGAGGGCGCGGAUGGGGAUGGCCGGAUUCGAGUCGGCCCAACUCGGCCCGGUAGCGGUCGACGCCGUCAAAACCCGGCUCGACGCUAUCCGACCGAACCCCGGUUUCACGGUCGAGGAAGCGCCGGGCCGGCUCGGAUUCGGGUGGAAGGGACGCGUGCUGACGGUGACCUCCACGUGGCGGUAGGCCAGGACGGAGAGAAUUAACCGAAUCAAUUAUGCGAGUUGGAAACGGACCCAACAGACCCAAAUUGUUGGCUAUGGAAUGUAAUGGAUAUUAAUGGAAGUAAGCUAUUUAUUGCUCCACAUUAUCUUUCUUAUUUAUUUAUAAUUAAAAUAAAUUGAAUGAAUUGUGGACGUUUCUUUUC